AUGCCGGCCACCAACCAGGGCUGGCCAGAGGACUUCGGCUUUCGGCUGGGCGGUUCAGGCCCCUGCUUCGUCCUGGAGGUGGUCGAGGGAAGCAGCGCGCACGCCGGGGGGCUGCGGCCGGGGGACCAGAUCCUGGAGGUGGAAGGGCUGGCUGUGGGCAGCCUUAGCCGCGAGCGGCUCGUGCGCCUGGCCCGGCGCUGCCCGCGCGUGCCGCCCAGCCUGGGCGUGCUCCCGGGCCCCGACGGCGGCGGGGGAGCUGGAUCCGGCCGCCCACCGCGAGCCACACCUCCGCGGCCCCCGCUCUGCGGCCGCGGCCUAUGGCUGGGCCGCGAGCUGCUGCGCUUGGCGGGCAGGAAGCGCCCGGACGCCGUGCACCGAGAGCGCAGGCGCAAGGCCCAGGAGUUCAGCCGCAAGGUGGAUGAAAUCUUGGGAGACCAGCCGGCCGCGAAGGAGCGGGUGUUCUCUGCACUGAAGCAUUUUGCAAUGGAGCAGCAGGUGGAUGACCUGGUGUGGGAGCUCACCCAGGCGCUACCCCGCGAUGCCCAAGGGCCACUCCUGGACAACCUCAGGAUCUUCAUCCCCAAGAAGCACCGGGCGCGCUUCGACGAGGUGGUGUCGCAGGGUCUGCUGGGCAAACUGUGCCGCGCCCGGCGCGCGCAGGGAGCGCAGCGGCUGCGCCGGAGCCGCAGCGAGGAGCGGACAGUACGAGUCUACAAGGGCAACAAGAGCUUCGGCUUCACGCUGCGUGGGCAUGGGCCCGUCUGGAUCGAGUCUGUCCUCCCCGGGAGCCCUGCUGACAAUGCUUCCCUCAAGUCAGGCGACAGGAUCCUCUUCCUCAACGGACUGGACAUGAGGAACUGCUCCCAUGACAAGGUGGUGUCCAUGCUGCAGGGCAGUGGUGCAAUGCCCACAUUGGUGGUGGAGGAGGGGCUCGUCUCGUUCGCCAGCGACUCUGAUUCCCUGGACUCCCCCAACCCAUCGUCGGCGCUCACCUCCCUGCAGUGGGUAGCGGACAUCCUGCCAUCCAGCAUCCGGGUCCAGGGGAGGACUUUCAGCCAGCAGCUGGAGCACCUGCUCACUCCUCCUGAGCGCUAUGGGGUCUGCAGGGCCCUGGAGAGUUUCUUCCAGCACAGGAACAUUGAUACCCUCAUCGUUGAUGUCUACCCCGUGCUGGACACACCGGCCAAGCAGGUCCUCUGGCAGUUCAUCUACCAGCUGCUGACCUACGAGGAGCAGGAGCUGUGCCAGGAGAAAAUCGCGUGCUUCCUGGGCUACACAGCCAUGACAGAGCCUGAGCCUGAGCUGGACCUGGAGCCCGAGCCCGAGCCCGAGCCCGAGCCUGAGCUCCAGCCAAGAAGCUCCCUGAGGGCCUCCUCCAUGUGCCGCCGAAGCCUCCACUCCCAAGGCCUGGAGUCCAGCCUCAGCUGUGGUCCUGCUGACUGCCCCGAGAUGCCACUUCCUCUCAUCCCAGGCGAGCGCCAGGCGGGCGAUGGCACAUCCCUCCCGGAGACCCCCAACCCCAAGAUGAUGUCCGCUGUCUAUGCAGAGCUGGAGUCCCGCCUGAGCAGUAGCUUCAAAGGGAAGAUGGGGACCACGUCCAGGUCCCACGCCUCCCCUCCAGUGCCCAGCCCAGCAGUCACAGCAGGGCCCAGGACCCUGUCCAACGUCUCCUGGCCCAGCGAGCGGCUCCUGCCCUCUCCCUGCUACUAUCCGCUAUGCUCAGGGGGCCUGGCCUCCCCCAGCAGCUCCGAGUCCCACCCCUACGCCAGCCUGGACAGCAGCAGGGCGCCCUCCCCCCAGCCAGGCCCAGGGCCCAACCGCUCCGACAGCCCUCCCAGCCCGGACCCUGCCCGCCCACCCAGCCGAAGGAAGCUGUUCACCUUCUCCCGCCCUGUGCGAAGCCGGGAUACAGACCGUUUCCUGGAUGCACUGAGUGAGCAGCUGGGCCCCCGGGUCACCAUCGUGGAUGAUUUUCUGAGCCCCGAGAAUGACUACGAAGAGAUGAGCUUCCAUGAUGACCAGGGCAGCUUUGUAACCAAUGAGCGGAGCAGCGCUAGCGAGUGUAUCAGCAGCAGCGAGGAAGGCAGCUCCCUCACCUACUCGUCCAUCUCCGACCACAUCCCCCCGCCCCCACUCAGCCCGCCACCCCCGCCACCCCUGCCUUUCCAUGACCCCAAACCCAGCUCCCGCAACCCCGACGGUCCCCGUGUCCCCACUCAGAUGCUGGCCAAGCCCCUCACCCAACUCAGCCAUCCAGUUCCUCCACCACCCCCACCACCUCUACCCCCGCCUGUGCCCUGUGCGCCCCCCAUGCUGUCUCGGGGCCUGGGCCACCGCCGAAGCGAGACCAGCCACAUGAGCGUCAAGCGCCUGCGAUGGGAACAGGUGGAGAAUUCAGAAGGCACCAUCUGGGGUCAGCUUGGGGAAGACUCUGACUAUGAUAAGCUGAGCGACAUGGUGAAAUACCUCGACCUGGAGCUCCACUUUGGCACCCAGAAACCUACUAUUUCUCUUUCAGAGCCGGUGCCCCGGCCUGAGCCCUUCAGGAAGAAGGAGGUGGUGGAGAUCCUGUCUCACAAGAAGGCCUACAACACCUCCAUCCUGCUGGCACACCUGAAGCUGAGCCCCGCGGAGCUGCGGCAGGUGCUCAUGAGCAUGGAGCCCCGGCGCCUGGAGCCCGCGCACCUGGCGCAGCUGCUGCUCUUCGCGCCCGACGCCGACGAGGAGCAGCGCUACCAGGCCUUCCGCGAGGCGCCCGGCCGCCUCAGCGAGCCAGACCAGUUCGUCCUGCAGAUGCUGUCGGUCCCUGAAUACAAGACCCGCCUGCGCAGCCUUCACUUCCGAGCCACCCUACCAGAGAAGACAGAAGAGAUCAGAGGUAGCCUGGAGUGCUUGCGCCAGGCGUCCCUGGAGCUCAAGAACAGCCGGAAACUUGCCAAGAUCCUGGAGUUUGUGUUGGCCAUGGGCAACUAUCUCAACGACGGACAGCCCAAAACCAACAAGACCACAGGCUUCAAGAUCAACUUCUUGACAGAGCUGAACUCCACCAAGACCGUGGACGGGAAGUCCACCUUCCUGCACAUCCUCGCCAAAUCGCUAAGCCAGCACUUCCCAGAGCUUCUGGGCUUUGCUCAGGACCUGCCCACAGUGCCCCUGGCUGCCAAAGUGAACCAGCGGGCCCUGAGCAGUGACCUGGCUGACCUCCAUGGCACCAUCAGUGAGAUACAGGCUGCCUGCCAGAGCAUGAACCCUUCCAGUGAGGACAAGUUUGCUGUGGUCAUGGCGGCCUUUCUGGAGACAGCACAGCCAGCGCUGAGGGCGCUCGACGGGCUGCAGCGGGAUGCCAUGGAGGAGCUGGGCAAAGCGCUGGCCUUCUUCGGCGAAGAUUCCAAAGCCACCACCUCCGAGGCCUUCUUUGGCAUCUUUGCAGAAUUUAUGAGCAAGUUUGAGAGAGCACUCAGCGACCUGCAGGCCAGCGAGAGCACUCGCAGUUCCGGAAUGGUUUCGCCCCUGGCCUGGUGAUGGCAGUGGCCACAUACCCUCUGUGGUCUGAGCGCCUGGAUGGACACUGACGCUGGAGGCUGCACCCCAGAGAGGCUGCAGUCCCAAUGCUGCCAAGGUCCUGGGGGCCCCACUCCCAACCCUUCAUGCUAAUGCUCCCAGCUGGGACCUAGACUCCAUCCCUCCCAGCCCACUGCCUGCCCUUCAUAAUCCUGGAGCAUCCUUGUAUGGACUGGGUCACCCCCAAGUUUUCAGCUACCUCAGCUGUCCAACUCAGCUGCCCACAGAGGUACAGGGUUCAAAGGGGCCACCCUCUCUGGGGCCGAAUGUUGGGGGAUGGGCAGGGGGAGAUGUGCUGAGUCCCCAGGGGAGCAGGAACUGUGGCCACUCUCCUGACCCUCGCUCAGCCUCACUCCAGGUCCCCUCCUGGUCCAGUACUGGUAUAUGCACCCUUGGGAGGUUUCGGUUGGGGAAGGGGGACUAUGACCACUUCUAGUACUUGGAUUAAGAAGUGGCUGCCACCCUGGGCACAGAUCUGCAGAGCACACCUGUCCAGGCAGGAGAACACUGACCAUCCUUUCUGAGCCCAGAGGGUGCUCUCGGAGCACAGACCUUGUGGACCCGGACCCUGUGAGAGGACACACACCUUUGAGCACACCACGCCUGCCCCAAGAACAUUAUAAGGCCUGAGGUCCUGCCUGAACCUGGGAGCAUGCCCUCCUGGCCUGGGUCUGGGAGCUGGACAUUAUCUGCAGCCCAGAAUGGGGGGAAUGGUAUUGAGUUAGGAAGACCCUCUGUGUCAGACUGUAGAAUCAAGGUGUUUAUCUACCUAAUUAGCUUAAUUCCAGGCUAGAAGUGCUCAUUUUGAAGUGUGGAAUCAGAAUGGGGUGGGGGCCCUCAAAAUAGAGACGGAGAGAGAAUCCAGAGGUGUUUAGUGGUAGAUGAGCAGGAUUUGAUGACUGAUCCCCUACCCAGAGUAGGUAUCAUGUCCCGGGAUCAGUCAUAUGAGCAAAGCAGGCUUUGGGGCAGAUGGCACAGUUUAGGACUUACUAAAGAUCCCAGAGGUCAUCGUAUGUGUGUGUCUAGAACCCUUGGUGUUGAGGAGGGGGUCCCUGGAUACCAGCAGCAGGGGGCUGUUGGCAGGGAGGAUUUGUUAGCUGGUUUCAUCCUUCUGUGCUGCAAAUGGCAAAUCCUGCUUCAAGCAACUUUCCGCUACCUCUUCCCUUAACUUUUUUUCCAGAAAAGAUGGGCUAUAAACCUAUCUCUGAGACUCUUUUUCUCCUAUUGGGAUCUCAUGACUUAUGUAGGUCCUGGGCAGGAUUUGGGGCCCAGUUAGUUCUCAGUCUCCCUGCGUUGAGGCCUUGCGUGUCCUUUCUUUGUUCCCCAUUGGUCACCAGCUCACAAAAAGGCUGAGCCAAAAUGUACAAUUCCAGGGGUGGGGGCUAGUGACAUUCAAGGCCUUUAGCAACCCAAGCUGGAUCAUUUCCAUAAGUUCCCAAAGCCUGUGUCUUUGAAAAAUAUUAUAGAAGUUCUGUUAAAAUAAAUCCCCAUGUGAGAUCCAUAUAAGUUAUAGACUCCCCCAGGCUAUGAGUCGGAGCAACUCCCCAGCCCCAGGGAGCCCACUUGGUGUUUUCCAGCAAAUUAGAAGAAUAUGUUCUGUCCAGUUUCAUGCCAGUAGGCACAGGCUGGCAAGUCAAGCACUAGCUAGGUUUUCUCCCUAAAAGGCCUUGUGUUGGUUUUCUGUUGGCCAUUCCAUGCUUUGUCAUAAACUGUCCCAAAACUCAGUGGCUUAAAAUGGCAGCCACUUAGUGCUCCUUGAAUUGUUGGGUCUCCUGGGCAGUUCUGACCGAGUUGGACCUAGUAGACUCACUUGUGUUUUCACAGUUGUCUGGGAGGCUCCAGGCAGCUUUGCUGAUCACACAGAGUGCUCUCCCAUGACUGGGACCGUGGCUUCCUGUGGCCUCUCAUCUGCCAGCCUCAUGGCCAGAAUGUUCACAUGGUGGGGGUAUGGGGGUGGGAGGUGGCAGGGAUUCGAGGUACAAGCAGAGGUACAGAAGAUGCUCAGGCACAGGAGCCUGAGCUCAGAACUGGCAUACCCGCUCAUCUGCCACAUUCUGUUGUCAAAGCAAGCGACCAGGCAGCCCAGCCCAAAGUCUGAGGGUGGGGAAACAGGCUCCAGUCUUGAUGAGAGAUGUGGUACAAUAUAUUACAGAGGCUGUGGAUUCAGGGGAGGGUGGAGAAAUAGGGCUGUUUUGCAACCAAUCUACAAUAUGCUCCCUUGGCCAGCAACCUGGUGCAGACCCCAGGCUCUUUAAGAUCUCAGUGACCCUGGUUCUGCCUGGAUCUCCCACAACUCUGUUUCCCAUCCCCAUGUGCCAUUCAGGUGGCAUGCUCCUCGCUCUCCUACCCCAUCACUCUGGGAGUGGCCUGACCUCCAGACACACUUCUUCCAAGGGGCAGCAGGGAAAGCUCUGUCUUUCCCUUGGAAAUUUUUCCUCCCCUACUACCAGACUCUGGAGCAGGCUCUUAUUCAGACUCUGCUGAAUAGGGAUGGUCUCCUAUCUCCAGCUGGGUGGCAGAGAAUAAAAUCAGGAUUCAGAACUGUUAGGAAAGGAAGGCUCCCUGUCUUCUGGGUGAAUUUCUGAGUAUCUCAUGGGUAGAUGCCUAGAGGGAACUUCCAGAACAGUCGUGUGGGAAGUACUGCCUGGUAUAAAGUCAAUACGGGUGAGAAGAGGGAUCACUCCACAGAGCUCGUUGUCCCUGGAUCCAGCCAUGCCUGAAGCAGAUACCUGGACUUGCCAGCCUCUGAGCCGACAAACUCACCCUCCAUUUGUAAUAUUUUAAAAUUUUAUUGUUUUUGGUUAGGUGGGGUUGUGUCACAUGCAAUGCUAAGAGGGUUGACCAGUAUAUCCAGCAACACAUGGUUAUUCGUGUUCAGUCUUCAUAUUCUCAGUGAGCUUUCUUUAUUCAUAAAUGCAUUCACCAGUACUUUUCAUCUGCCUACUACGUGCCAUGCACGAUGUUGGGUGCCAACGUCACACGGGUCAUCCUUGCUUAGUUUGGUUUCCUAGAGCUUCAUUUCAUAGUGGUUCUACACCUGAGUCAGGACAAAGCCCUAUUCCUCCAUACACACUCCAUCCCUCACCAAAUGACAAGGUGUGAAUGCAAGCACUAAGCCCCAGAAAUGUAUUUGUCUCUCAGUAAUAACAAAUUAACAGCCUACUUACACAGCACUUUUCCUGGUAACAAUCGUGAAUGUUUACUAGGUCCCAAUGGCCCAUUGUUAUUACAAAUUCCAUUUCAUUUGACUUUUCACAUCAACCCUCAGAGGUGGGUUUUGUUAUCUCUUUUUUGCAAAUAAAAUUCUGGAACUCAGGAAGGUUAUAUGACUGGAUGAAGAAGUUAGGUCUCUCUAAAUCCAAAGCUCAUCCUCUGAGUGGACAUAUCUUUUUGGUCUUGCUUAACAUGUUUUUCAUUGUUCCUGUAUCAGCACGCCAAGACUGGGAUUUCAACAUAAAGCCCUGGCUUCUUUUCUCACCGCCUCCUGUCUCUCCCUGUUUGAGUCUGCUCAGAUCACUAGAGCAGAAAAUGGCAGGCUGAGUGACUUAGGCAACAGGGAUGAAUUCUCACUGCCUGGGGGCAGGAAAUCUGAGAUCUGGGUGUUGGCAGCCCUCGUUUCCCCUGAGGCUUGUCUUGCAGAAGGCAUCUUCUUGUGUGUUCUCACAUGGUCUUUUCUGUGCGUGCAUCCUUGGUGUCUUAAUAAGGACCAUAACACUCAGAUAUCAUAGUCUGAUUUCCAGAAGGCUUCAAAGGUCUCUAGAGUGGAUUGAUGCUUCAGGGAAAAAGACACAGGCAUGUCCACGAUUCAUUGACCACAAGUCACUCUCCUGGGCCUCUCCCUGCCCCCCUACACCUCUGUAGUCCUCCAGAAACAGCCUAGAUGCCAGACCAGUGUCCCCACUCCUCCCUUUGAGCCCAACUCUCAGAGCUCACUGCUUACCCUCACACUGCGGUCUGCCUUCCUCCCAUCGCCCCUCAGAACAUGCUGUCACCCCACAGGAAGCCAUGGAGAGCGCUUGUCCACCUUAUCUGAGUUGAACUUUAAUCAGCUCAACACUUUAUUUACCCUCCUUUGGCAAAUUCUCGCACACCCUGGCUUCAGCUUCCAGGUGGCUGCUUGCUGAUAAUCCUGUGACUUCCCACUGAUCCAGCUCCUUCUUGCCUUUGCACACAGUGAGCACUCAGUAAUUGCCCAUUAAAUCAGACCAAACAACAUCAAGAUUGGGGGCUACCACGGUUGAGCACCAAAGUACUCAAGAAAAUGACUGCUUCCUCACAGUUUGGUGUUGUGUCUCUGAAGUCCUAAAACAGGGUUGCAAAAGAAAAGCAGAAGCCAGAUGAGAUGCAAAUCUAUGAAAUGUGUGCAGGAGUUAAAAAAGCAAAGACAAGUCCAAGGAUGAAUGGUAACCAGGGGAGAGACAACGGGGGUGGGCGUAGGGCCGAGGGAGUGGGAGCCCUGGCUGCAAGGGCCGCUUCAUUCUCCUCCAGGCAAUAGCCUUCCAUGGGGGAAAGCAAGUCCUGUGUUGCCCAGUUUUUAGGCUUCUCAAGGUAGAAAGUAGAAAUGCAGACUUAUUUAAAAGAUUCUGAUGAAAUGCUGGCAGUCAGUUGAAAGCUUAAGAGUCUGAAUUAUGAGCCAAAGAGCACAGGCUGGAGCCCAGUGGUGAGUUUGCAAUCCCUGAGACAAACACAUGCCUGAAGAUGUGCUCAUGCUCCCCUGUGGUGAAGUGGGGUACCCCACAACAAGAGAUAUGAUUGGCUAUUCAUUUUAGCAAGUGAACUAUGUUUGGGACUAGUUGGCAGUUCAGUUUCGGGGUGAGAAGACACUACUGACCUUAUAUUGAAGAUGCUCUUUGCUUUGGGAAAUUCACCCAGGUGGGACAUUAAGACCCAGGAAGGUCAAACUCGCUCAGUGUUCUGGGGGAGACCUGUGAGCUCAUCGUGGAGCCAAGGGGUGAGGGUCUGUUGAGUUGUGCAGAUUAACAGCAUCGUUAUCUAGAUAGUGUCAUGGAAGGUGGUGUUUUCUCUAAAGAUAUCUUGACUGAAUUCCCAUGUAGUGAUUGUGUGUCUUGGGGCCAAGUGGACUUAGUGUGGGAGUUUCAGAAAACUCCCCAUUGUCAAGCCUCCAGGGGUAGGCAAGACGGGAAGGUGCACGGAAGUUAUCACCUCUCGAUCCUGGGGACACCCCACUAAUCUGAGAUGAUCUGGUCAAGAACUCCAGGGAGAGAAAUGAAGACCCUGAAGAGGGAAAAAGUACACUGGAACAUCCACCAAUGGGUAGAUGGGAAGGUGUGUUGGCAGGACUUGUAGGUUAGGAGCAAAUUGCUUCAGGGAAUGCAAACAACUUGAGGUGGGGGGUGGUUUGCAUCAGAGAAUCUGGGCUGUGGUGUCAGGAUGCUAGCAACAAGAGUUGCAGCAUAUGGCUACCUCCCUCAGGGAGCCCCAGAAACCCCUUGAGGAGGGGACCCCUUGAAGGAAGACCUCUCCCUGCCAGCCUGAACUGUAACAGCCUUAGAAUCAUUGUGACUAGAGCAUUAGAUAAAGUGAUUGUGUCCUUCAAUUUGGUGAAAUAGAUGCUCCAGUUACUAGGAAAUUGACCCCAGAGACUUAAUCAGAAAUGCAUAGACAUUGAGGCACAAGGUUGCUCAUUAUGGAGUUAAUCAGAAGCAACAAGAAUAUGCUGGAAUACUGUGUCCAACAGAAGGGAUGGGUGAAGCAGAUGAACAGUCAUGUUGGAAUAUUGAAAUAUUGAGGCAUUCUUAAGGCGAUGGCAGAAUGUGUAUGCUAUAACAAGUGAAUAAAAAUGCAAAAUUGGAUGUCAUAAGA